AUGGCCGGCUGGGUGUUCUGUAAUCGCUGUUUCCAGCCACCCCAGGGGACGGCAUGCUUCAGCCUGACUAACUGCGGCCAUGUGUACUGCGAUGUCUGCCUGCGCAAAGGUAAAAGAGAUGAAUGCUUGAUUUGUAAAGUUCCAUGUCGUACAGUUCUGCUUUCGAAACGUACGGACUCCGACAUCCAGGCCCUCUUCAUGGGCAUAGACGGCCUGUGCAGGAAGUACGCAAGGGAGACGUCCCAGGUUUCAGAAUUUCAAGAAAAGCACAGGAGGAGACUGUUAGCCUUCUAUGGAGAAAAGAUUUCUCAGUUGGAGGAGUCCCUCAGGAAGGCAGCGCUGAGGAUGGAGCGGCUGCAGAGUGUGAGAUUGUCACAACAAGCGGCUUUCAGCACAAUAAGAAAUCCAGCUCCGACUGCUUCGACAAAGCCCAACGGGCCUCUCUUCCUGCCGCCUGACUCAUCAGCCUCUGAAAGGGUGGAGUCCAUGGAAGUUGACCUCACGCCCUCCCCGAGGAGAAAGCGUGAGGUCGCCCCUGGCCUGGCAAGGAUCUCUCUGCUCAGUCCGCCGCGGGAUGGACGCAUGGGGCCCUUACCUCUCGUGCUGCCCACCUCCAUCCUCCUGGGCAGCUGGAGUGUCCGCCCAUCGGGGUUCCCUUGGUUUUGGAGGUGGCGUUUCCCCUGGGCGCUGGGGUGUCCUGUGGGCGUCAGCGUCCUCUCCGCCCUCGUGCCCGGCCCAGUGUCCCCGCCUUGUGCCCCCACCGUCGUGCUGCCGUGCGGGGUGACCGUGGCUGCUCUGCGGGUCUGUGCGGGCCGGCGCGCGGGCACCUCUCAGUCAGGCUGUAGCACCGGCCCUGGGGGCGGCUCCUCGGUGCGGCCCGGGCCUCCUGCGGCGCCCGGGGUCACCGCCCUCAGGACCGAGACCUGCCGCGGCCCGUGGUUCUCAGGCAGGACCCGAAAGGCCCCCUACUGA